UUACUCGUCGGUAGGCUUAUGCCAUGUUUGCGGAAGUGGAGUCAAAUUGCUUCCCGACACCUAAAAGAUGAGGUAGCAUAGUUCAAACCAGGAGCCAUAUCAAACGUUAACUUAUUUCAUACUGAAGAGAUUCAGGUUUCUUGAGGAACUAUGAAUCUUCCUAAGGGCCCAGAUUCUCUUUGUUUUGACAAAGACGAAUUUAUGAAGGAUGAUUUCGAAGUGGAUCGGUUCGUUUCGGACUGCAGGAAGCGUGUCUCCUUGGAAGAGAUGCGUGAAGACCUGGAGUUUUACUACAAGCUCCUGAAAACUGCAAUGGUUGAGCUUAUCAACAAAGACUAUGCAGACUUUGUCAAUCUCUCCACCAACCUUGUUGGAAUGGAUAAAGCCCUAAACCAACUGUCAGUACCUUUGGGUCAACUAAGAGAGGAAGUGCUGAGCCUUAGGACAUCAGUCCACGAAGUUAUCGAAACCAUAGACACCCUGUUAUCCAAACAAGAAGAUAUUCAAAGUAAAAAGAUGUGUGUGAUGAGGCUUAUCCAAGUGGUGAGAUCAGUCGAGAAGAUUGAAAAGAUUCUCCACUCUCCGAACUCCAAAGACCACACCUCUCUUGAGACAAGCAGCCCUCUUGUAGCUGGGCAGAUUUUGGAGCGGAUUGCCACUGAGUUCAACCAGCUGCAGUUUCAUGCAGUCCAGAGCAAAGGCAUGCCUCUGCUGGACAAAGUGCGGCCAAGGAUAGCAGGCAUCACAGCCAUGCUCCAGCAGUCUCUGGAGGGGCUCCUGAUUCAGGGGCUUCAGACCACCAAUAUGGACAUCGUGCGGCACUGCCUGCGUACCUAUGCCACCAUCGACAAGACCCGGGACGCAGAGGCCCUGGUGGGACAAGUCAUGGUCAAGCCCUACAUGGAUGAGAUCAUAACGGAGAAGUUUGUGAAGUCCAGCCCCAGCGGGCUGCAGAUGAUGUACACUAAGCUGCUGGAGUUCGUGCCCCACCACUGCAGGCUGCUGAGAGAGGUGACCGGAGGAGCCAUAUCCAGUGACAAAGCUGACAUUGUGCCUGGCUAUGACUUCCUGGUGAACUCGGUGUGGCCUGAGAUGAUGAAGGGCAUUGAGGAGAGGCUCCCUUUCCUUUACAAUCCAGGCAACCCUGAUGUGUUCUACGAGAGGUACGCCCUCACUAUGGACUUCGUGGGGAAGUACGAGCGGCAGUGUGGCUCGCAGGCGAGCGUGAAGCGACUGCGUGUGCACCCCUCCUACCAGAGCUUCCACAACAAGUGGAACCUGCCCGUCUACUUCCAACUCAGAUAUAAGGAAAUUGCAGGCAGUUUGGAGAACGCCAUUAGUGAUGGACUGGACGCUGCCCCAGCUGGGAGUGUGUAUCACCUGCAGGUGUCUCAGGUGUUGUGGGGGUGUGUGUGUCGCUGCUGGGCAGAGAGGAUCUACCUCCCCCCACUGGCUCAUCGUUUCUGGAAACUCACGUUACAGCUGCUCUCCCGCUAUGCCAAGUUUGUCACUGAGGUGCUGACGAAAACUCCCUCCACGGACACCCCCAAAGACCCUGUCAGACCACUGCCCAGCUCUGCCUCUUCCACGUCCAGCCGCACGUCUCAGGAUGCCGACAGUGAAAGCGGUGGUCCGGCCUCGCUCUCCAUCAAACAGCUGGUCUUCAUCGCAGCAGAUGUGGACAAACUCCAGGAGCAGAUUCCACAAAUCUCUGAGAUGAUCAGAGAGAGACUGGAGGCCAUUGGGUUUAAAAACUUCACCAUCGUCUCAGAGGCCCUGGAGGACUCCAAAGCCUCUCUGUCCAGCUGUCUGCCCACCCUCAGUGCCCGUAUGACUCAGCAUCUGACUGAGCGAUGCUUCCGCUUCCUCAAAAGUGCCUCCGAAGUGCCCCGCCUCUACAGACGGACCAAUAAGGAAGUGCCCAAAAGGGCGUCGGCCUACAUGGAAAAUGCCCUGCGGCCGAUGCACCAGCUGGUGAGUGACUCGAAGGACCUGGUGAAGGCCGCCCUCAUGCAGGAGUGGCUGCGAGUCACCCUCUCAGACUGCACCCACAGGUACUAUGAGACCAUCUCGGACGUGUUGAGCUCCGUCAGGAAGAUGGAGGAGAGUCUGAAACGUCUAAAGCAGGCGAGGAAGACAACUGCGGCCAGCACAACCGGCAACAACGGCGGGCCCAGCGACGACAGCAAGAUCCGCCUGCAGCUGGCUCUGGACGUGGAGUACUUGGGGGAACAGAUCCAGAAGAUGGGCCUUGAGCCCACUGACAUUUCCAUGUUCUCGUCCCUUCUUGAUCUGGUACGAGAAGCGAGGGACUUGGCUGGAGCUGAGUGAGAGGUAGCGAUGUCCUUCUUCUGUACUACUGCACUGGCACCAAGAGGCGUCUGUGAGAUGCCUGAUCAAAAUGCCAGGUCAUGGUGACCUGAACACGAUCCCGGGAGUAUGAUUUUGAUGAUGAAGCACACUACAGGACUGUUCCUAUUUGUUAUUUUUUAUUUAAAAAUAAGGAGUCUCUACUUUUUUGUUUGUUUAUUCCUGUUACUGCAACGUGGUCACUUGGGAAAUUGAAGAACUAAUAUUUGGCCGAAGUCCAGCCCCCGUUUUCUCUUUAGUCAUCUCAACAAUACUGUCAGCACUAUACUGCAUGUCACUGCAGUUGUCUUCGGCACGGCCGAUGUUCUGUUUAGGGCCAACGGUGUGAAAGGCAUUUUCUUCCAACUAAACUACUAAAGAGCACCAGCCUUUAACUUCAGGCUUGGGCCCCCUCCUGAAAUUGAUUGGGAUGCUGUUUGUUGCUCUUGCAACUUCUUUGCCCUAAAGGGAAACUGAUAUGAACACUGGACAACUGUAUGGUUUAUCUCUUCACAGCCUGGACAGCUGAUUGUUCAUUUAAGCUUUUAUUUCUCUCAUUGCCGUGAGCCAGAUGUGGUUUAGCAGUGACUACACUGUUACUACUGAGGCUUUCAGAAUGAAAGUGAUAUACAUUGGGUUGCUGAUAAGCAGCAUGUCCACAAGGGUCUGGGUAAAGGGUUCUGACUGAUAUUUCAGUGGUGAAGAAUGAAGAUUGUGUAAAUUACAAAAUGAAACGAUUAUACCUUUAACAAUAAAAGUUUUACUACAACUGA